CGAGCCAACAUAACUACUUAUCCGUUUUGAACUUUUGGCGGCAGAGAGUAGAGUCUUCUCUGCACGCGCGGGUGCAUUCAUGUAACUCAAACUCGUUUCCCUGGAACUUAUUUCUCUCAUAAAUUUGCCAUGUCUUCUUCAGAAAAUGGAGGAGAGGGAGGAGGAGAUCCGUCUUCCUCAGCUCCAGAUAAUACAAACGCAACAACGAAUGAAGCAUUUUGGACACAGGACUCAGCAUUUGACACAGCAGAGGACGUCACCGACGUUGAGCUGCUCAAACGCGCGUGGAGAAAUGAGAAAGCUGCCCCAGAAAUUCUUCCAUUUCGACGCAACCUCGUCGAGCGAGCUCGCGAACAAAUUCAGUUAAUGGAAGAUACAAUAGCAGCAUCUGCUGAGAGUGGAACUGAUGACCUUAUGUUGUCCUUGUACCGCAUGGAUUUGGACCGCACGUUAUUUCUGCUGAGAUCCUACCUGCGCACUCGACUUCUAAAGAUUGAGAAAUAUGUUUUGCAUGUAUUAAAGUCAGAAGAACUCUGGAAUAAGCUCUCAGAAGCAGAACAGAAAUUUGCUCAGAAGUGUACAGAUGCUUUGCAAAAGCAUCUUGAACAGUCUGUAUUAAGCAGAUUGCCUUAUGGGUAUCAAUCCAUGCUGAGGCAAGCUAUUUCAAGUGAAGAAGAUGAUAUGGUACCUGAACCAAAACUGGACACAUUUGUUUUCUGCAAGAUUAGGGAUGCAAUUGGAUCUGUUCAGAUGGAUGAGAAGGGUGAAGACAUCGUGAACUUAAUGGAAGACGACUUUUUUAUUUUGAGAUAUAAGCCAAUACAGAGGCUGGUUGAGACUGGUCAGAUUGAUUUAGUAUAGACUUCAUCUGCAGCGGCCCACUUGAGCAAAAGCUAUAAUUGUGGACUUUCUGAGAUUAGGGAACUUUCUAUUCCUUGGGUGCUAAAGGCAAAAUUGGAAUUUUGUUGAAUAUUUUAUUUCUUGAAGAUCCCAGGAUGAGCUCAUUAUUACUUGUAAUUUUAAAAUUUUAAUUAGUUUUGUGCUAAUAUAUCAGACAAGGAUUUCUGGGAUGAAAAGUUGAUGGGUGCAAGCAAUAUUACCUGGUAGAUGCUCGUCAUGCUUCAUAGGGAUGUGAAACAGGAAGGAUCUUUGCCCCAAUGGAUCAUUGGUGUCCUCUCACAUGUAAAAUGCCGUGUGCUCUAAAAUUAAAAGAAAUCCAACAAAAUAAAUCAUAAAUGAUCGUGACAUGAACAUUUAACCUGGAUAUGAUGUAAUAGAGACUGGUUAUGAGCAGUAUUAAUUCAUGUCUUUUAUAAGACCGGUAAUGUAAAUUA